CUUCACUCACUACAAAGUUUGAAUACUAUCGAUUAUUACGACAGUCGCGACUAUUUAUAAAAAGAUGAAUAAUAAUAAUAAUAACUUGAUUUCGUAUUUUGCUGAUUUUAGUAUGGCAAAUCUAGAGAGAGAUCACUCGCAAAAAACAUCAUCGUCGUCUUCAGAAAAAUCAGGAGGAGGAUUACUACUAGCUGCGAACCGACCCAAGAAGCGUGCAGGGAGAAAGAAGUUCAAGGAAACUCGCCACCCGAUUUAUAGGGGAGUGAGGAGGAGGAAUAAUAAUAAGUGGGUUUGCGAGAUCCGUGAGCCUAGUGAACAGAAAAGAAUAUGGCUAGGGACUUACCCUACUCCUGAAAUGGCGGCUCGAGCUCAUGAUGUUGUUGCAUUGGCACUUAGAGGUAAUUUAGCCACACUGAAUUUCGAAGACUCUAGUUGGCGGUUGUCAGUGCCAGUAUCGAAAGAUCCUAAAGAAUUACGUCAGGCUGCUAUAAAAGCGGCUAACGCAUUCCAUCAGGAUUCUUAUAAGUCAGUUGGGAUCGACUACAUGAAUCAGGAAGUUAAUUCUGAUGAUGUUGUUGGUGGUGGGGCUAGUGGAGGUGACAAAUAUAACAUACAAAAUAUGGACAUUUUAUGUUGUAAUAAUUGGGGAGAAAAUAAUGAAAUGUUGGAAAUAGAGGGAUUAGCAUGGCAAGAAAAGAUGACUGAGGGGCUUUUAUUUUCACCAACUCCUAGAUUAGGUAGUUCUUUCGGUUAGGAUGACGUGGAAAGUGACGUGGAAGUUUCUCUCUGGAGUUAUAGUAUUUGAUUAUGUUGCUCGGACUCGGGUUUGAGUAUCUAAUACGGGU